AUGUCUUUCUCCUCUGCUCGGCGCUCGUCAUUCGAUAUCUACUACCAGAGCAUCUUUAACGAGUUGGAUGACGACCAGACCCCUAGCCCUGCCUUGUCGGGCGCUACCACUUCAUUCUCCCGCUCGCCAUCGUCUGCAGCGCAGACCAUAGUCGGGGAGGAUGAUGAAAACACAUUCAAGAACGUCGACACUAACUCCGAUUUUUCGGACGACGACCAGCCUUUCCACGACAUCGACUUCAACGAGCACAUCGACAUCAACUUCCAUGACGCCCUACCUAGUUUCGACACCACCUACCAAGACCCCUUCGCUGCUGGCAGCUUCUUCACUGACAUGCCGGUCAGUCCCAUGCAAGCUUUCUACGCGAAUCCGUCCAAUCUACAGUCCGAUCAUCAAGUCAUUCCCCUUCCCCAGUCCCCCAAGCCAGCCCCUGUGUUCAACCUUGAUAUCUUCAAGUCUACAGAGGCUGUUGAGAUCCCAUCGCAGUCUGAACCGCAGACGACAGAAGUAUCUUCGCCAACCCCAGAGGACCACUGCGACCGGCCCAUCGUCCCCCUUCGUGCCGCCGCUCGCGCCUCCCGCGCCCGAAGGCGAUCCGUCAUCAUCGCUCCCUCUGACAAUGAGGACAGCGACGCGGAACCCGACGACGACGACUAUUGUCCCUCUCCCCCUCUCAAUCCCAAAAAACGCACGCGAUCGUCUCAACCUGGGGCGCGCGCUCCCAAAAAGGCCAAGAUCGUCGCAAAGAAGGCGGCCAGUUCCUCGACCAAGCCCCAGGUCCCUAGGAAACAGCGCCUUCCUCCAGCACCCCGCAACGUCCAAGUGGUUGGCAUCAAUCUUUUGGACCUUUUGGACGAGAUGCACUGGAAGUGUAAGGCCUGCAAAUGGGAACAGGAGAAUCAUCGAAGGCCUGAUUUCGUUCGGCACCUCCUGACCCAUCAACAGCCCGACAAGAAUGACCAGUCACGGGGAUGGUGGUGCAAGGGCUUGAAGCUCCUUGAUCGCGACGCGUAUAAUAGGCUGGCCAUUCGUGAUGGUAGGCCGACCAUCCCCGAGACCGCGGAGAAGAUCGUAUACUUGUUCGAAGAGAGGGUGGGGGGUUGUAUGAGGAACUUCAGCCGGCGCGACGCCCUGAAGAGGCAUAUUGACAACCCCAACACGCCUUGCUGUGGGUACGCUCUCGAACCCUUCCAAGAAUUUGACCAUGAAAAAGAGAAAAUCAUCACCCUCUAA